GGGAGCUGAGCCGGGCAUCGCACGGCCCCGCAGCCAUGGGGAGCGGCGCUUUCAUCCUGGUCCUCGCCGUGGCCCUGGCAGAGAGUAUUGCUCCUGCAGAGAGGAAGUGCCAGCUUAACGGACUGUGGAGGAAUGACCAGGGCUCACUGAUGGAGAUUUCAGCGUUGAGGGACAACGGGGACUUUGAGGGACAAUACCUCACACGAGUCACCCUCUCUGGGGCCUGUGCCCAAAUCUCCCCCCUGAAGGGCACUCAGCAGCAGCUUGGAGAGGAGGGCUGGUCCACCUUUGCCUUCACUGUGCGCUGGGACAAGUUCUCCAAUGCCACCACCGCCUUCGUGGGGCAAUGCUUUGUGGAUGCAGGUGGAAAGGAGACUCUGACCACCAUGUGGCUCCUGCGUGAAGCUGUCGGAUCCCUUGAGGAGGACUGGAAAGCCACGAGGGUAGGCAGAAAUGUCUUCACACGCAAACGCACCACAAAAGGAAAGAUCCUGCCGAGUUUGUCCCCUCCCUGUGAAGAUGUGUCUUCGUCAGCCCAAUGAUGAACCUGACCCCUCAACAAGGCAAGAAAAACUUGCCUCUCAAAUGAGAAUAAAAUUUAAAAAUCAUCA